AUUAUUCCUCGAGAAGUUGCAGUAGCGCGCGCGCUUUCGCUUCCAAAAGACGACGACCCGUUGUUCUUUCUCUUUAUUAUUCUUUCAUUUAUCUUAAAGAUAAUGUAAAGAGAAAAUUUAGGAAGAAGUACGCGCUGUUUCAAAACAAAACAAAACAAAACAAAUAUUUAAUCUUCCAAUUUAUGCUCUUAAAGUUUUAUAUAUACAUACAUAUGUACACAGAAAAACACACACACCCAUAUACAUAAUUAUAUAAAAUAUAAUUUGGAUCAUGGUUACCAGAGAAUCAACAAAUCGUUGCAUUGAAAAAAUCUAAAUAAAAAUGAGCAAAGACUGUAGUAGUGGAGAAUCAGGCGGCCAAGACUCAUCCGCUGGCGGUAGUCCAGGGGAUGGUGCCGUGAAAGAUGUAAACGCGAGUAUUUACGAGAGUAAAGAACCCAAAAAAAUAGUGCGCAUUAUCACAGUCAUGGCAUACAUGUUUUCCGUAAGUUUCGUCGCGAUCGUAUUAAGCGCUUAUUAUAUAUUUCUUUGGGAACCACCGAAUCCACGACUGAUGCAUGCCAAUGCGAUUCGUUUAAGGGCUGAUCCACAAUUAAAUUUUCUUCGUGUCGAAUUACCGUCCAAAUCGCAUUUAGAAGAAACAAUCUCUCGGGAUUCAUCGUCGAGAAAUAAUAAUUCUAUCGAAAGAACACGGGAACGCGUGCAAGAACGUACUCCCGAUUACGAUGGUUUCGAGGAAUCUCUAACGUCCUUGAAAACUACCCUGGCCGAACUUAUACGCGAGAGAAGCAACGAUUCUUCUUCGAUCGGACAAUAUUUCGUUACACGUGGUAACAAUGAAAAUUACGAGAAGAUAAACGAGAAAAUUAAUUCACGCUGGAAAAAUCUUCAAAAAAGUUAUAAUUCAACGAGAAAUCUACCGGAUCGACGAGAGAAAAAGGACGAAUUGGUGGAUACGACUUUGACGGAUAAAAUUAUUUAUAAUAAUUCGAUGGAUGAUCAAGGACGAAACGAAGAGGAGGAGAAUGAUAAAGAAAAAACUCAGAUCGAGAAGGUGACUGCUAAAUCAACAACGACGAAUGAUACCACGGACGACACAACAGAAAUGUCUAUUACUACCCUACGAGAUAAAAGUCUUUUACAAAUAUUAACUGAAACUAUCAAAUCCAAAGAAGUAUUACCUUAUGCAUCUUCCUCAGUUGCGUCUACGGAUCUUCAAAUGAUCGACGUUGUUACGAUUACCGAACCGUAUGACGAGAAUAUAAGUCGGAAUUAAUUGUAGAUUAUUAUUCUUUUUUUUUUUUUUUGCAUGCGACAGAAUCAUUGUACAGUGUCUGUUCUUUAAUCAAUGUUCUUAAUUUUAUUAAUGUGUACAUAUGUCGUUUUUUUGGAUCGAUUGAAUCGAUAUAUGCAAAAUAUAUUCUUCCAUUUUUUAAUAAUUAUUAAUGUUGUUGUUAUAUAGAUAAGUAAUGUCGAUCGACUCUAUUCGUUUCUAGGAUUUAAAAUAUUGACAAUUAUUUUGAUUAUUCGUAUGAUUUAGUAAAAAGACAAUUUCUUUUUAUGUAUCAUAUAAACUAUAGAAUAAGAUGAUAUGUAUCGUCAUUAUACUUGAGAAAUUUAAAAUAAAUUUUAAUUCUGUAUGUAGUUCUAGGGUAAUAAUAAAAUUCUAUGGUUAAAGAUUA